CAGUUUACCGUCAUUCAAGUUUUUUAAACUUGACACUACGUUUUAAGCAUUCCAAAAAUUAUGUAUUAAAUUUUAAAAUUUCACCGCAAUGGCGGCAAAGCUGUAAACUGGGUGUUGGUAGAUGGCGCAGGAAUAUUCUGGAGGUUUCCUGCAUCAACGAGGAUCGAUAGCCGCCGCGAAGUUUCUUUCAAGGAAUAAGUCAUAUAUGGGCGGGGUGGGGGUCCUGGAUAAAUUGCUCGAUGUCGUCGUUGAAAGAAAAUAAAGGGAUAAAUAAAUAUGUUGCAAAGUAUAUUCUGCCUGCUUUCAGUCAUUGAAGUGUAUAAUUAAGUUAAGAAAUAGCUUUGUAAGUAAAGUCCUGUAUAGAUUUGACGAAAAGGAGGUAAAAUGCAUAGAUAUGGCAACACUGGGAGAGCCACAAGGGGACUUCCGUAAUUACCGAAUAAGUGCAGUUGCCGAGUCUGAAGAUAGUGACGAGGACCUAGAAGUUAUUUUUGGCCGGCGAUGGCGCUUGUACUGGGCCACCCCACUCCAGGACCUGCAGUACACGGAAGCCAGAUUGAAGCAGUACGCCAUGCACCUGCGAGGAGCGCUGCAGGAGGAGAAUGUGGGCCGCGUGGAGGCGAGCGUCACCGCCCUGCCGGAGCUGAGGCCAGAUGACGAAGUUCCCGUUCCGUUACAGAUCUCGGUCGAAGCUAUCGACGGUGAAAACAAAAGGCAAUGCUUGUACGCUGGAAUAAUGUUGUCUUGGACAAAACCUCGCAGACCUUCUGAGCAAAAGAACUGGGUACAUCUACCGCUGUUGUUAUGCAGAGGUCAAAUGAAAACUGUUGAAUCUGUACACCUCACGUUGCACAGUUUAUUAAAUUGCAACAUAAAACAGUUGACGUUUGCGAACGAACAUAUGUUGUGGAUACUUGGCCUUGCUGCUCACUUUCAUGAUGAAGAGUUUAAUCAACUGCAUCUAAGAUUUCUCGCUCCAGACCUGGGGGAUAACAAUGUUCUAGACUUCACUAUAUUGAUGGCAGUACUCAAAGACCAUUGGAGAAGUAUCCACGGGACUGAAACAAUGUACAUAACAUAUGACCAAAUAAACAGUUUAAGAGAAGAGUGCUACAAAAUGCUUGAAGAAACAUAUGGUGUAAAUUUAAGAAUGUUAAAUUUAACUCGGAUAAAGUGCAAAGACUUGUCAGUGUCGGUCAAAGGCCACGUAAAGUUUUCGAGAGAGUUUGCCAAAUUGUUGCUGACUUUUGUACACGAUAUAGGAUACAUGCAAGAGAGUGGCAUUACAGGGAAGCUAGAUCAAAGCAAAAGACACAGAGGAGAAGAGAAGUAACAGACAUUCAGGCAGGCACUGGAGGAAGAAUUGCAGCAUUCUGCUGCAGUGAACGUCGGCAUUUCUUUUUGUAUGGAUCAUUUUCUCUACACUGUAUUUCGUAGUAACAUAACAGUGUGAUAAAAGGAUGGACUUUUCAUUAAAUUUGUGAAUUUGA